AUGUUGAUUGGAGUGGAGAAAUUGUGCAAUGCACAACAAUGGCAGCCAGGGCAUGCAACAUUCUACAAUGAGGCCCCUGGUGGUGCAUGUGGGUUUGGAACUGGGGAAGCACAGGGUCUCUAUAAACAAAAAUUGACAACGGCUUUGAAUGGACCUCUUUUUGAAAAGGGAGCAACAUGUGGUUCUUGCUGGUUGGUCAAGUGUGUUGAUAAUCAAUGGUGUUUGCCCAAUGCGCCUACAAUAAAAGUUGUUGCAACAGACUUGUGUCCACCAGGGGGGAAUGGGGUAUGCAACCCUCAAUAUAAGCACUUUGAUAUGUCUAUCCCUGCAUUUACAAAAAUUGCUGUUUAUAAGGGAGGAUAUAUUGCUAUUCAAUAUGCUAGGACUAAAUGUGAUGUUCAAGGAGGGAUGCGGUUUACUAUAUCAGGAAACCCAACUUUCUUCCUAGUAUUAGUGUGGAAUGUGGGUGGAGAUGGACAAGUUGUGGGAAUGAGUGUUAAGACUCCUCAGUCACAAUGGCAGCCAAUGAGUAGAAAUUGGGGACAAAAUUGGCAGUUAAAUGUCAAGAAUGGGUUGCAAGGAAAUUCUCUUUCAUUUCAAGUGAGAACAAGUGAUGGCAAGAGUGUAGUGUCAAAUAAUGUUGCUCCAGGGAAUUGGCAGUUUGGUCAAACCUACACUGGGAUAAACUUCUAA